AUGGCUCCCCAAAGAUCCACAGGAGGGCGCAAAUAUACCUGCUCUUCAGCAUCAUCUCUCAAGGUUGCUUGCCUCAAAUCACACAAGCAAAGCUGCUUGCGACGGAAGGAGAAGAAGAAAGAGGAUAGAGAGUUUUCACAGGCCACAGCCAGGUCAAUUUUGAAGGAAGGAAAACAUAAACAUCACAGCAAUAAAGGGCGCACUCAUGAGGCUGCCCGGGAUACCACACUAGUCAUUCAAGAGGCUGGUUCAGCAGCUGAUUCUCCAUCUGCAGCAGAUUCACAUUACCAUUAUGAUGACGCAGGCCUUGAAGGCCUCGAUUAUGUGCAGAGUAUCGGGGGAGAUGCGCGGCUACGUUCUGAUUCUGAUAUCAGCAUGGGUAGUAACAUUCCCGCUCCAAUUUCGGCAGCCACAGCAACUACCUCAGAUCGUCUCGACACAUUCAAGACCGAAUAUCACCCUCACAGUGGUUGCGCUCCAAUCGUCGAGAGCUUUUCCGUUUAUGGGACCAAUAAGCCAGAGAUGACACAAUCACCCAUCAUCAAUGACAAGCCAUGGCAACCUUUCAGCUGUCACCAAACUAAUGAACUACUCAAGUUCAUCUGGAGAGUUGCGGAUGGUUGCACGAAGUUUACUUUCAAAACUCACAAUGACGUGUCAGCUGCAUGGACGAGGGCAUCCAGCCAACUGACUCCUUUCGAAAGACAUGUUGUACCUGUUGAGUAUAAGAAGGAAAACAUCGAGUAUGAAGUAUAUUCACGACCACUAUGGGACUGGGCAUUGGACCUCUUGGAUAACCCCUUGCUAGCACCGCAGUUCAUUUGGGAUGCCCAGCGACUGUACAAACAUGAUGGAACUGAUUUUGAAUGCUUCUUCCAUGAGCCGUGGACAGGAGAUCGCUGGUGGAACUUACAAUGUAUGGCAAUCAAGACAUCUUUACCCCAUAAUGCCGGUACUGUCAAGGCAUAUCCAGUAAUUGCACGCUGCGGGAAUCUACCUGUUGAAAUCAGGAAUGUUGAUGGUCCUGGAGGAGGAUACUUAGUGGGUUGGUUACCAAUAGUUCCUGCAGACUCAGACGAGGAUGGCAAGCUGUCCUAUACGAAUUUAAAGAAGGUUGUAUGGCACAAAUCAUUCAAGAUUCUCCUCAAAACCCUCAGUCUCAUCUCCAAAACUGGCUUCGCACACCAAUGCUAUGAUGGGAUUCUAUGCUGGUUAUUUCCACUAAUACUGAUUUUAUCUGCUGAUUAUGAAGAGCAGUACGUGAUUAGUAGAUUCACAUUGUUUCUGUUACUUAUGUUAUCAGCUUGUGUCCGAUUGUGGAACAUGGACUGUACUGCUGGUGAGGCGGCACUAAAAAAGCAGAGUCUAAGGCCUGUCAAUAACUCUUUAUGGAUUGUCGAACGGUCCAGCCCGCAUGACGCACUCUUGCAAGAUCCCUUGCACGCUUAUGACAGUGGUUUGUUUGGCGAUCACAUGUUCGAGGAAGUCAAGGACCACCUGAAAACACUGGGACGUACUGCUGAGAAGACGACUGAUGACCAGUUUGCUGCAUUUCCAAGAUGGUGGAACCUAAACCACUUCGACCACAUUACAAACAUAAGUUUUUCCGAUGGCAAUAAGUACCUGGAUAUAUCUAAGGUACGUUUUCGAGCACUAUAUCAAAUAACGUGCUCACCCGCAAAGAUGAUGAAGCUGGUUAUGCGCUUCUAA